AUGGAUGAUAUUCCCAUUGUUGCUCUUUAUGUUAAUGACUUAGUUUUUAUUGGAAACAAUAUGAAAAUGAUUGAAGAUUUCAAAAAUGAAAUGGUGAAAAAGUAUGAAAUGAGUGAUAUGGUACUGUUAUAUCACUUUCUUGGUAUUGAAAUUUAUCAAGCUACUCCACUGGUUGUCAAUGAGAAAUUGAUGAAGGAAGAUGAUGGUAAGAAGGUGGAUGAAACUUUGUAUAGAAACUUGGCUGAAAACUUAUUUUAUCUCACUACUACAAGGUCUGACAUUAUGUUUGUUGUAGUUUUGCUGUCUAGAGUUAUGAAUAGUCCCAGUCACAUUCAUUUUGGAGCUGCAAAAAGAAUGCUAAGGUAUGUAAAAGGCACCAUGGAUUAUGGAAUUAAAUAUGAUAAAGGAAAUAGUGUGAAAUUAGUUGGUUUUUGUGACAAUGUUUGGGGAGGAUGUGCUGAUGACAUGAAGAGCACCUCUAGUUAUUGUUUUUCCAUUGGUGGUGGUGUGUUUUCUUGGUGCUCAAAGAAACAAAAAUUAGUGGCUCAAUCUUCAGUAGAACUCUGUUUCAGCUUCAAUGGCAACAUCUCAAAUAAUUUGGCUUAA